CCCGCAUCGCCAUUCUCCCCGCCGCAUAUUCCCACGCCUAGCUAUUCUUUUCCUGACAGGCGACUGUUCGAUUCUGGUAUAUUACAAUGCCUCGCAUACAAUAUCUCAUUCCUCUGCUGAGGCCAUUGGCCGCUCCGCGAGUAAUCGCAUCCCGACAACGCCUGCGCUUCUCCACUGCAAGUACAUGGCGAGCUGAGCAGCCUCCGCCAAAUGCUAAGCCCAUAACCAAUCCCUCUCUCCCACCAAACGCCUCAUCUCAACAUCCAUCAACACCCCAACAAGCCCAGCGCGCCGCCGACCUCGCAGCAGCAGAAUCCCUCACCGAAGGCGACAGUGCGCAACCACCAGAGCCCAAGCCCGUCCUACCAUCCAAGCACCCCCGCGCCGACAUCAAGCCAAAAGACGCCGCCACCGCGCCCUCGCUACAAAAGCCCAAGUCGCCCAAGAAACAAAAGACACCGCUCGUCCAAAAGAUAUCUCUUCCACCCCCCAAAUACCACGUCUCGCGAUCAAUAAACAAGAACCUACCCAUCUAUACCGACUACAAGCGCGGCGGCAAUCUGCACCUGACUACCAUACGCAAGAUCACGGGCGAUUUGUCCGCUCUAAGAGACGAACUGAGGGUCUUCCUCAACAAGAAGAACGAGGAUGUCAAGAUUAACAGUCUGACAAGCCACGUUAUUGUCAAGGGUCAUCAUACUAGUCAGAUUGCAGAGUUCCUACAGGCUAGGGGGUUCUAGACUGGAUGGUUGGACUAGGUACAAAGGGCCGAUGUGUUGAAUGUGGAGAGGGAUGAAUAUAAAAAAUGUACGGGAAAGAAUAUUAGGCUUUUCUUAUGUAUUUACGUUGUAUCAUGUGUAUAAAAUUACUACGACCGCCGGGAACUGGCAUCACGCAUUCUAUGUAUUUGGCUGGUUGUGAGUGGUGAAGGGUGUGUUUUGUCAGCAUCCUGACCAUGUUUGACAAGUGUCAUUUUUUUUCCAAAUUUCAUGGAGAAAUGGAUAUUUGGGGGAUAAGGCGUGUACAAGCUAUACACCCAAAUUAUUUUCAUGUGGUAAAUUAAGCACAUGCAUAUGCAACUACACUUUCCC